AUGUCUGCUGCUAAAUUCUCGUACGUGAUUUUUCUUGUUUUUAGCAUUUUUAGUGCUUGGAAUGGAGUUGGAAGUGGAAGGGACGUAGAAGAUGAGAGCAGCUAUGGAGGUCCAAAUGGGGGGAACUCUGAUCAUGAUUAUAUUGACGACUAUUGCUAUCGGAAUUGGCGAAGCUGUGGAAGUUUUUUUGGAAAAGGUGGCGGAGGUUUUGGUAACCAACGUGAAAGAGGUGGUCUUGGCAGUGGUGGAGUCGGUGAAGGUAUAGGACAAGCAGCUGGAGGAGUAGGAGGAGGUGGUGGAGGUGGUGGUGGUGGUGGAGAAGCAGGUGAUGGGUAUGGACAUGGUGAAGGCUAUGGAGCUGGAGCUGGAGCUGGUUUAGGAGGUAAUGGAGGUGGUGGAGGUGGUGGAGAAGGGGGUGGUAGUGGAGAUGGGAUUGGUGGAGGGUCUGGUCAUGGUAGUGGACAUGGGGCUGGAGGAGGUAUUGGAGGGGGAGAUAAUGCUGGUAUUGGUGGUGGUGGAGGAGGAGGAGGUGGGGAAGGUGGCGGAGGUGGCAAUGCAGGUUCUGGUGAAGGGUUUGGUCAUGGGAGCGGCUUUGGUGUUGGAGCUGGCGUAGGUGGUGCUGGAGGAGGUGGGGGUGGUGGGGGCGGCAGUGGAGGAGGUAGUGGAAGUGCUUCCAAUGGAGGGUAUGGUCAUGGUAGCGGUUUCGGCGCAGGUGGUGGUGUAGGUGGUAAUAAAGGCGGAGGAGGUGGGGGAGGAGGCGGAGGCGGAGGCGGAGGUGGUGGUAGUGGAGGAGGAGGGGGAGGGGGAGGGGGAGGGGGAGGUGGUGGUUAUGGUGGAGCAGGGUAUGGCAGAGGCUAUGGUGGAGGUUUCGGGACAGGCAGUUUCGGUGGAGGAGGAGGAGGCGGAGGGGGUGGAGGUGGAGGUGGAGGUGGGGGUGGGGGUGGUGAAGGAUAUGGACAUGGAGAAGGCGGAGGUGGAGGUGGAGGUGGGGUUGGUGAAGGAUAUGGACAUGGAGAAGGCGGAGGUGGAGGUUUUGGGGCAGGCAGCGGCGAGAAUGGUGAAGGUGCAGGUAUAAGCGGUGGGAGAGGUCACAAUGGAAUUGGGAUGGGAUUUGGAAUGGGGAUUGGGUUUGGUUUUGGUUUAGGAAAUGAUGCUGCUACUGGGAAUAGCGACCAUCCUUAG